GGGAGCGAUGACGGCAACACACCGGAAGCGGUACCGUGGGAGGCCAGCGGGAGUGGCGGAGACGUGUCGGUCCCGGAGGCGCUGGGAUCGCUUUCCCCGGGAUCCGCACCCGGCUGGCGGCUGCCAGGCGGCUCCCCUACUUCUCGCGGGCGCUGCCGGCCUAGCAGCGUGGGGAGGCGGCGGCGGCGAAGGCCCGGGCUGGGGGCGUUGGCGGCCGGGGUCCCAGCCAUGGCCGAAUCUGUGGAGCGGCUGCAGCAGCGGGUACAGGAGCUGGAGCAGGAGCUGGCCCAGGAGAGGAGCCGGCGGCUCGUGGGGGGCGGCGAGGGAGGAGGAGGCCGGGCCCGCAUCGAGAAGAUGAGCCCGGAGGUGGUGGACUCCAACCCCUACAGCCGCCUGAUGGCCUUGAAACGAAUGGGAAUUGUAAGCGACUAUGAGAAAAUCCGCACCUUUGCCGUGGCAGUGGUAGGUGUGGGAGGAGUCGGCAGCGUGACUGCAGAAAUGCUGACAAGAUGUGGCAUCGGGAAGCUGCUGCUCUUUGACUAUGACAAGGUGGAACUGGCCAAUAUGAACAGACUUUUCUUCCAACCCCAUCAGGCAGGGCUGAGUAAAGUUCAAGCAGCAGAACAUACUUUGAGGAACAUUAAUCCUGAUGUUGUUUUUGAAGUGCACAACUAUAAUAUAACCACAGUAGAAAACUUUCAACAUUUCAUGAAUAGAAUAAGUAAUGGUGGAUUAGAAGAGGGAAAACCUGUUGACCUAGUUCUUAGCUGUGUGGACAAUUUUGAAGCGCGAAUGACCAUCAAUACGGCUUGUAAUGAACUUGGACAAACGUGGAUGGAAUCAGGUGUCAGUGAAAAUGCAGUUUCGGGGCAUAUCCAGCUCAUCAUUCCCGGGGAAUCGGCCUGUUUCGCGUGUGCUCCUCCGCUUGUGGUUGCUGCGAACAUUGACGAAAAGACUCUGAAACGAGAAGGCGUUUGUGCGGCCAGUCUCCCCACCACUAUGGGUGUGGUUGCCGGGAUCCUCGUCCAAAACGUGUUAAAGUUUCUGUUAAAUUUCGGUACUGUUAGUUUCUACCUUGGAUACAAUGCAAUGCAGGAUUUUUUCCCUACCAUGUCCAUGAAGCCAAAUCCACAGUGUGAUGACAGAAAUUGCAGGAAGCAGCAAGAAGAAUACAAGAAAAAGGCGGCAGCAGUGCCCAAACAGGAGGUUGUUCAAGCAGAGGAAGCAAUAGUGCACGAAGACAACGAAUGGGGUAUUGAGUUGGUAUCUGAGGUUUCUGAAGAGGAAUUGAAAAAUUCUUCAGGUCCAGUCCCUGACUUACCUGAAGGAAUUACAGUGGCAUAUACAAUUCCCAAAAAGCAAGAAGAUUCUGUACAUGAGGUGUCAGUGGAAGAUUCUGGUGAAAGCUUAGAAGAUCUCAUGGCCAAGAUGAAGAACAUGUAGAAACAGAACUGGCCUAUAUUUUAUUUCUUGUUUUUAAACAUAUUCCCUUGGGGAAUUUUCCCCUUGUAAUUAAAAAGUAGCAUUCUAAAACUAACAAAAACAAGGCUACAUCAAUCAAGGUUUACUGUUCAUAUGUUCAAAACAAGGCAGAGGUGAAUAAAAGGCGGCUUUUCUCCAUGGGUAGACAGAUGAAGGUACUUUCAGGAAGUACAAAUUAUCUAUUUGCAGAAAUCAAAGAAAAGUCAGUGUAUCUGUAGAACCUGUAUCUGGAGUCAGACAACUUUCUAGAGGAAUAAAGUAUAAAUGCAGCCGAUUUUCAUCUUAGGUCACGCUCAUCACAGACCUCCUUCCAAAGACCUCCUUCAAAUGUGGUUGCUGAGGGAGCCAGGUAUUGGCAGGGGUUUGCCCUGUAUGGUGGGCGUAAGGUCCAAACUGCCUCUGCGGUGACUGAUGCGAAUUGAUUCGCCCAAAAAGUAUCGUUUCCCCUGAGAACGUCGAAGCUGACAUUCUAACUAAAUCUAAGCUGACAAACUGUUUUUCUCUGGAGCUGCAUACCAGUGAUAACAGAAAACCUUGGUGGAUAUCAAUUCCCAGUGGCAUAGAUGCCAGUACAGAACGUUAUUCAUUGGCUGUUACUAUGCUAACAUGCUACUCCGGUGACUUUUUGUUUUGAAGGUCUGCAUGUCUUAAGUUAUAUGUCUGGGGAGGAAGUGUUAGAAAAAAAAGUAUAUUUCUCCUACACUUUUGAAAUAAAGCUUUAAAAACUGAUUUCAGAGAGCCCCAAAUGUUGAGUAUGUGAGCAUAAGUCAGGAUGUUUGCCUGAGAAUGUUAACAUAAGUCGCCACAACAGUGGCCUAGAUCUUUGCUCGCAAACGUCUGUAUGAAUCACGCAGGGAUGCAGCUAAACUGCAGAUUCUGGCUAUGAAGGUCUGGGGAGAGCCUCAGAGUCUGAAUUUUUAAUUAACGCUCUCAGCUAGUGUCUAGGUUCCUGGGGCCACAUGUGAGCAGGCCUUAGAGACACUGACUGAGGCUAAAUAAGAUGCUCAGCGAGGAUUCACAGCAUCAGGCCUUUCUGCAGUGUUCAAUAAAUUAAUGUAACCCUCUUAGAUAAACUAGAGAGGGAAAAGAACUUGAAAUUUAACUACUUUAAAACAGCAAAGUGUGGUUAGUACAUCUUUUAC